UUUUGACCAAUAGCCAACGAGAGUUACAAAUAGUUUGCUUGAGUUGCGCUUUUUUUCUGGAAUCCCCGGCCAUCUUGGAUAAGGAAGGGGUUUAAACCAGAAAAAAGCAGGAAAGACAAAAAUACACUUAUUUCACCCCUUUUAGGUUUCGAAAAUAUUAUCAUUUGCAAAAAUGAUAUAGGAAAACCGCUUUAGAGUUCGUACAUUUAUUUAUUUUGCUUAAAAUGCGCAAGUAACGUCAGUUAAGUGAGGAGCUCCACUAGAAAACAAGGUUCGGGGAUUUUUCAGCUGAUAAAGUUGUUUUGUUUAUGUUUCUUCAAUUCGGACAUGGACUCUUCAAACUCAGAUAUGCCAGACAUGUCUCCUAUGGGGCUAGGAGCAUCAUCAGCAUCCGGCGGAGCUGUCGUUGCGAAAGGCACUAACAAGAGACGGGCUGGCUCUGAUUUCGAUGACGAUGACGAAGGAAACAAGCUGUUCAGAUGUGAUGAUGAUGGAGCUGGUUCAAAUGAUAAAGAACGCUUCGCCAGGGAGAACCACAGCGAAAUCGAACGGCGGCGGCGAAACAAGAUGACUGCAUACAUCACGGAGCUGUCGGACAUGGUGCCCACCUGCAGUGCUCUGGCCCGCAAGCCGGACAAGCUGACCAUCCUGCGCAUGGCCGUGUCCCACAUGAAGUCCCUCCGGGGCGGCAACACCACUCCCGACGGCACCUACAAGCCCUCAUUCCUCUCAGACCAGGAGCUGAAGCACUUGAUCCUGGAGGCGGCAGACGGGUUUCUGUUUGUGGUGUCGUGCGACUCCGGUCGCAUUGUGUACGUGUCUGAUUCUGUGACCCCCAUCCUAAACCAGACACAGUCCGAUUGGCUUGGCUCUUCCCUGUACGAUCAGCUCCAUCCAGAUGACAAGGAGAAACUCAGAGAGCAGCUCUCCACAUCCGAGAACAGCAAUAAUGGUCAGUCUUUGUUAUCGCACAUGAAGGGACAGCAGCGUAAGGCCUCCUCAGCGCAUCGGAUGAGUAUGGGAGCACGCCGUACAUUCAUCUGCAGGAUGAGGAUUGGGAUGUGUCCAGUGGAACCAGUGUCAAUGAACAGACUGAAUUUUCUCAGGAGCCGAAACAGGAAUGGCCUGGGUCCAGCCAAGGAGGGGGAGCCCCAGUAUGUGGUGGUACACUGCACUGGCUACAUCAAGUCAUGGCCACCUGCAGGUGUGACGCUCUCAGAUGAAGACACUGACAACAGCCAGAAUAACCGCUUCUGUCUGGUAGCCAUUGGUAGACUACAGGUGACCUGUUGUCCCAGCGACUCGAGUACCAGCAGCCUGAACGUCCCUGUGGAGUUCAUCUCCCGCCACGACUGCCAGGGCUUGUUCACCUUUGUAGAUCACCGCUGCAUGGCCACCGUGGGCUACCAGCCUCAGGAACUCCUGGGAAAGAACAUUCUUGAACUGGCCCAUCCUGAAGAUCAGAGUUUACUUCGAGACAGUCUGCAACAGGUGGUGAAGUUGAGAGGGCAGGUCAUGUCAGUGAUGUUCCGCUUCCGCUCCAAGACCAACGAAUGGAUCUGGAUGCGGACCAGCUCCUUCACGUUCCAGAACCCCUUCUCCGAGGAGAUUGAGUACAUCAUCUGCACCAACGCCAAUGUCAAUAGAGCUCCGAAUCAGGACUCCCUCACCCCCCUGUCGUCCCCGGGGGUGGCACUGCCCCUCACGCUGGGGCAGAACAGCCCUAACUGCCCCCCUGCCCACAGCCCCGGGCAGGUACCGGUCAGGCAACUCCAGCAGCAGGCUGAGCUGGAGGGGGCCGGAGGCAGAGAGGGUUUGUAUGAUUCUACCCAGGUGGCACUGCCACAGGCGGCUGCACAGGCAGUAGGCGCUACUGUAAGCGUAAAUGCCUCCAAUCACAGUAAGCCGCUGGACAAAGGGGAGCUGUAUGCCGAGCGAGACCCCCAGUUCUCUGACCUCUUUGCAGACCAGCCGAAGCCCCUGCCCACCACUUCUGCCCUCGGCCGUUCAGCAGAUGUUCACCCAGCCCAACACCUUCUCAGCAGCCGGACGACCCGCUGGCCAGUGGGACACCCCCAGCAGAUGGUUCAGGUGCCCCCCUCGGCAGGUCAGAUGCUGGCCCACAUGUCCCGCCAGAACGCGCCUGGAGGGGCGCCCCCAACACCGCCAGCCCCAACCAGGCUGGGGCAAUGGGGGCUAAUGCAGCGUGGGAGGGACCAAGGCCCCCCCUUCAACACACAGGGGGCAGUGUCCACAGUGAAGUCUCCCCCGUUUGGCAUGGGGGACUUCACCUCAUCUUCCUCCACCUCCUCCUCUUCCUCGUACAGGCCGAUGGGCAGCGCUGCCACCACCACCCCCUCCAGCGUGGCCACCUACCCGACCCUCAAUUCCUCUAGCACCUCCACCAACGGCUAUGGAAAUGGCAGUCAGGCAGGAGCACAGUUCCCCUCCAGGCCAGCAGAGGCAGUGUGGGGCCAGUGGCAGGGCCAGCCUCAAGCCCAGGGUGCCGCUAACCAUCAGGCCAAUCAGGCGGAGAUGUUUCCGCAGGAUGUUUUGUCCAUGCUGGAUCCAUCGGCCAAUUUUAACGGCGAGGACUUUGGCGAGAUUUCCAUGUUCCCCUCCUUCAAUGAGUGAACUAGUGUUGAAUAUCUUUUCCCUCUUUCUCGCUCUCCCUUCUUUCUGUCUCUUUCUCUACAAGGCUGUUUUUCCUUUCCCCUUGUCCUUCUUUGAGUGGUGCCCUCUUUAUGUCUCUCUUGGGUGUUCUGUUUUCUGUUGAUUUUUUUACCAAAUGGAGGUUGAUGAUGUAGGGAUAGGUCCAGAGAGAAGGAUGUUGAGCCAUGGAAUCUGAGGAUGACCUCAGGUGAUGAAAGAGAUCUAAAUUGCGUCAAGGACCAGGUCUAGACCAGGACCGGAUGAGAACAGGGUGUUUUUUUUUUUUUUUUUUUUUUUUUUUUUUUUCUAGAGUCUGCAGAGAAUAAGAAAAUUAUCUCAAAGGAAUGUGAUAUGUGAUAACAGGACUUGUAGAUGUCAGAAUUACACAGACACACAAUUCCACACUCAGCCAUUUGGCUGUUUGAGUGGCCACACAGCCACACAGCAAAAAAUGGAUUCUUAAUCUUAUAUUAAGAUUAAAAAAAAUCUGUUUGGUAUUGUUUUUAGUAUAAAGCGACUUAUAAAAAUGAAAUUAAGUCAAAUGAUUUUACGAGAAAGUGUUAGGCAAGUCUCUUUAUACUGAAAACAAUACAAAUAGUUUUUUUUUUAUCUUGAUAUAAGAUUAAUAACACUUGGUUAGAUUUGAUUAGAUAAGUAGUUUUGCAGUGCAGUACACAGAGUAAGCGCACAAUCGCACAAUAAAAGCACAAAAUGUCCCACACACUGGUGCACUGCCACUCUAAGAACUACUGCACACUUCCCCUCCACACACACUUAGAUUUAUGUUGAUUUAUCACAUGUAGAUUUAUCUGUAGACUCCAUCUGGAGCGUGUCGGGCCAUAGUAAUGCCCAGAUGCGUACGGGCCUCAGCUGGACUUUGGAGGUCUUGGGAGCUCAUGGCUCAAGAGACGCGAAACCCUGUCUCAGAAAGAGAGAAGAUGUGGCACUUGCCUUAAGCACUGAGCUUUGACCCCAUGGGGUCACAGCGGUGUACUAGGAGUGCGUCAGGGUCAGAGGUCGAUUCCCUGUGGGCCGGAGCGGAGCGGGAACUCGACACCCAUCAGCCCAUCUCUGUCUUCUCACAGCUCUUCCAGUGAGUCACCUUUCAGUCCCAACGCACACAAACGCGCGAUCGUGUUUUGAGAGCGUACAAUCUCAGCCCAUUCCUAUGCAUCUCCGCUGUCCUAUGAAUAUUGUAUUGUGUUGUGAUGGAACGGGAGUGGUUUUUAUGGGCCACACACACAUACAUGUACACAAACCCAGGCACACUUCACAGGUGUGGUUGGAAGUGCAGAAGGUUGUUCCUCAGUAACUGGAGAGCAGCAGAGGUUGUCAGUCCCACGCAAUUACUUGGUCACCCUUAAAGGAAAUGAGUCGGACUAAUGGAAGUUGUGGACUGGGUGUGCCAUUUGGUUGAGAUGCUUUCAGACCCUCACACAGCCUUCCUGCUUCCUGAAGAGACCAUCCACACUCUCCUUCCACUCUUCACUUGUGUGUCAACUCCAGCUUGUUUGUUUGUUUCUUAGUUUGUUUGUUUGUUUUUUAAUCCUCUUGGAAUUGUAAUCGAUUUUUCUUGGUUUUCUUUUAUGAAAAAGAAAUAUUGAAGAGCAAGGAUAAAGUGAAAGCAAUAAUUAUGUGCAGGAAUUUUGUAUUUUAAAAGCCAUUUUCUUUGUUGGUUAUUUGGUCUUUUUUGGUAUGCGUUGUUACAGGUUAAAUUGUUUUAUCAUGCACUAGAUGAGGCAAAGUAAAAAGACAAAAGAUAUUUUACAGGUAAAGGUAUAAUAAAGAUAUUAGGUAUUCUCAGGUUUCUUUGGCCCUGGCUCCUCUAUUCUCUUCGAAAUGGAAAGGAGUUUCUUUUGGUGCUCAAUUCUCCCUUGCUCCCCUCCCUUCUAAAUGGAAAGGAGUUUCUUUUGGUGCUCAAUUCCCCUUUACAACUCCACCCCAGUCAAGUGAGGGAAACUGCUUUGACCUUUCACCUUAGCAGCCCACAGUACCGAUAGUUCUGCUGGUUCUGGUUACACUCUAGAUAGAACCAGCUGCUCCCUGGGCUAUCUGUUGGACUCCCUUCACUCCCUGGGACUGAUCGUUCUACAUAGAAUCCCAAAUAUUUAUUAAAAUAGUGAUUGGGUCUUUUUCAUUUUUUUGAAAGCAAGAUUAGUUUAGUCGUUGACAUUUUUGGUCUUUUUGUUUAAUUCUCAGGCAUGUUGGGUUAAACUACUCAUUAGCUUUGGUUUAGCUGUAGUAGGUCCUUCCAAUUGGCCUUUUAAGAGAAGUGGGGACUGUUUUGGACACAGGAGGGGGCCACCGAAUCCAAAGGCUUGAGCAAUCCCAUCACGUGAAAUGUGUGUUUUUUUUUUUUUUUUAUUCUAGAUGAUUUUGAUUGACACCCUUUUUGUGUGUGUGUGUGUGUGUGUGUAAUGAUGUCUGCACAUGUUUGAAGGAGACCGUCUCUCACAGAUGUCAAUACAUGUAAUAUAUAAAAGUACACACACCUGUCUUUAGUACUUUCCCAUUUUUAAAAGGGCGAUAUGUUUCUUGUCGUCUGUGCAGAUUUGAAACCACUUUGGUUUUCCCGUGUCCAGGUUUUUACAAUGAUGUGAAUUGCAGUUUAUAUAUUUCACUUAAGACACACAAAUAUAUGGAAAAAAAAUAUAUGUAUAUGAAAUGUUAAACGAGAAAGAAUGAUGUUUGUUGUCUUUUUUUGUAUUAAAUCAUUAUAUUGUACAAAAA